UAAAUGUUAUAACCGGAAGAAAUUCCAUAAAAUAGGAGGGUGGACUGUGUGAGUGAGCGUGGGGAGGAUGACGACGAGUAUAAAAAUAAGCGUAAAGUUCAACGGACGAUCAAUUCCGGUGGACAUAUCUCCGGAUUCAACCGUCAAACAGCUCAAAUCAUUACUUCAACCGCUCACCGAUGUUCUUCCUCGCGGCCAAAAACUUAUCACCAAAGGAAAAAUACUUGAGGAUGAAAUGAAAUUGAGUUCAUUGGUGGGGACAACCACCGGAAUAUAUAAAAUUCAGCUCAUAGCUUCCCAUGGCUUACAUCAAGGGAGUGGUCCUAUAAAAAAGGAACCUCCUCCGGUGGUGUUGAAUUCUCCGCGAAUUCCGGAGACCAAUACGAGGGAGAAACAAGUGAGCGUUGUCAAGAGUCAGUUUCAAAGAUGGAAGCUUACCGGGGUUAUAUCACUAUCUAAUGACAUACACAUUAAGGUCAUACCUCAAGAAGUGUGGGAUUGUGGAUCAUCUGUAAGAUUCCUUGAUCUCAGCUGCAAUUCAAUACAAGAUGUACCAGAAGCUAUUGGGGGUUUGACUUCAUUGCAGAAACUUCUUUUGAAUGCAAACUGCAUAAAAGAUGAAUUUCUUAGCUGGAAAGGACUUUCGUCACUGAAGUCUCUCUUGUUCCUGUCUUUGAGCCAGAAUCUCUUGACAACCUUACCCUCUGAUUUGGCUGCUUUAACUUCCCUGAAGGAGCUUCAUGUUGCACACAACCAGUUGUCAUCUCUUCCAGAUGAAAUAGGAUCUCUAGUUCAUCUUGAGGUUUUAGAAGCCAAUAAUAAUAGGCUUAGCGUCAUCCCUUCAUGCAUAGGCAGCUGUUCUGCCCUUGUUGAAGUUGAUUUUUCAUCAAAUCUUCUGGUAGAGCUGCCAGAAACCCUUAGCAAUUUGAGGAAUCUCAAGGCUUUGCAUCUUCACAACAAUGGCCUCAAAUCUCUUCCAUCAACAUUGUUGCAAAACUGCACCCAGCUCGCUACCCUAGACCUCCAUGGCACUGAAAUAACAAUGGACAUGCUUCGAGAGUUUGAAGGAUGGGAAAGCUUUGAUGAGCGACGUGUGCUUAAACAUUCGAAACAACUUGCUUUUCGGGUGAGGGGAGCUUCGUAUUUUGACGAAGGUGCUGAUAAAAAUUAAUGUUUCAAGCUUAUUCACUAGCAUUAUAUUGUUUUUCAAGAUUAGAGAAUUAUCACAUUUUGUAAGAAUUUUAGAUUUAAUUCUCAGCAUUUAUUUGGUUCAAGUAAAUUGUUUCUUUGGUUGAACUGAAAUGAUUCUGGAUAGUUUUCACUACCAUUAUAGUGGAAACUAUGCAUCAAAAAGGAUAUUGUACUUUUGAAUAUCAAAAUAGUUGUCUGAUUAUGAAUUAGUAGUAUCAAUUUGACAAAUAA